GUAUGCCUAAUAAGGUAACACGGUAACACCGAAACCUCAUUGCUUCAAAUUUCUAUGUCCAACCAAUGCAGCUUACGCAAAGCACCAAGCUUGGAUUCUAUCACUGGCUUCUUAAACCACUGUUCCCAAUGGAAAAAUCUUGGACCCAUCAAGAAGCUCCACGCUCACCUACUCAGAACAGGCUUGCUGUUUAGCUCCCUUAAUUUUCUUGCUGAACUCAUCCGCUCAUACGCCUCAUGUCACAAAGACAACCUUCAAAAUUUCUUGAAGUGCAUGAACCCGGGGAACCCACUACCCUUCAAUAUAAUAUUAUCCGACUUUAACCGAAAUGGGUUGGCAUUUAACGCCCUAAAAACCUUUUCUUUCAUGCACAUCAAUGGGGUGCCUAUGGAUACUUACACAUUGUGUAGCUCUUUAGCAGCUUCGUCAUCUAUCAGAAAUGUUAGAUUCGGUCAGCAGGUGCAUGCCCUUGUGGCCAAAUCAGGUUGGUCAUCUAGUGUAUUCGUAGGAAGCGCUCUAAUCGAUUUGUACGCAAAGUUGUUGGUUAUCGAGGAUGCAGAAGCGAUGUUUGAUGAAAUUCCUGCAAAAAACACGGUGUGUGCUAAUGCACUUCUAUCAGGUUAUGGUGAGGCUAAGAUGUGGCUUGAGGGACUUGAACUGGUUCUUAAGAUGCCUGCAUUGAAUUUGGAUUAUGAUCACUUCACAUUGUCAGCAAUAUUGCAUGCGUGUGCUGGGCUAUCUGCUAUUAAAGUCGGGAUCCAGGUGCAUGCUCAUUUGAUCCGUACGCUAUAUGAUGUGGAAAAAGAUGUGUUUCUGAAGAGUUCGUUGAUUGAAAUGUAUGGAAAGUGUGGCGUAGUUGGGAAGGCUUGGAAAGUCUUUAAUUUGGCAGGGGUUAGAAGAGGAGAGUGUCAAGGGGAUGUUGUUUUAUGGACUUCAAUGCUUGGUGUGUAUGGUAGAAACGGAUACUUUGAAGAAGUUGUUCAAUUAUACCAAGAAAUGUUAAAGGAAGGGAUUAAACCAGAUGAGGUGGCAUUUGUGACAGUCCUUUCUGCUUGUGGUCACACUGGCCAAGUGAACCUUGGGGUCAAGUUUUUCGAAUCAAUGACUCGUGACUUCGGGUUGUUCCCUGGCCAAGAGCACUACAGUUGUCUGAUUGACUUGCUUUGUAGGGCUGGUCAGUUAGAUAGGGCAUGGAAGCUGGUGAAUGGGACUCUUUAUAAAGGGCAUGGCAGUUGCAGCGUUUCCAUGUGGGGUGCUUUGCUUAGCGCCUGCCAGGAUUGUGGAAAUAUAGAGUUGGGCAAGUUGGCUGCUCAAAAGGCACUUGAAUUGGAUCCACAGAAUGUGGGGGUAUAUGUUAUAUUAUCAAAUUUAUAUGCAAAAUUUGGUAUGUGGAAUGAGAUUGAGAAGUUGAGGUUAUUGAUGAAAGAGAGAGGGUUAAAGAAAGAGAUUGGAUGUAGUUGGAUUGAGGUCACGUAGCUCUGAAAGAGGAAUAUGUACAACAUCUGAGGUUUUGCUUUAUCAGAUGUCUCGACUCUAAAUCUAAAGCUACCUCUAAUGGCCUGUAAACUCAAGUUCUGAUGAUGCAAGUGAUUAAAUGGAAGCAUUUAAUAGAAGUUGAAACAGGAAGUGACAAGAAGGGAGAUGGAAAUCUACGUUGGGUAAUGUUAUAUAUGAAGCUUGUAAUUAAAAUGUUUGUAAUGGAAUCUCCAAGUCUGAAGUUCAGAAGUUACUUAUAAAGAAAGAAAGGGGUCUGAGGUCUGAGGUCUGAAGUUGACAAGCUUAUGGACUAUUAGUCAAGAACAAGAACAAAAGUGAAGCUAAAUCCCGGCUGAAACCAGAACCUUCAAAAUACACUUGGUCUACCCAAAGACCCAAGGCUGCAAUCCCUGCAAGCAGGUUAGCAUCUCUCAUCUGGAAAACGAAAUGCAUCAGUCAAAGUUUCAUCUGGGAUCUCUGUUUUUGCAAGUGGUUGGGUGACCCCCAGUCAUACUAUGGGGCUUUGCAUCGGUGAUUGUAUUAUUAGUUGUGUAUGAGUUCCUAUUACUUGGAUGAAAGGGAAACACCUCAAUUUGGUGAAUUGUGGUAACGGGCAUUGUAACAAACCCAAUUAACUUGGGCCGGGCUUGAUGGGCCUCCGGCUAAUCUUUUGGUACAUUGGAUUUAUUAAAUUUGUCCUAGUUGGCCGGAGUGGUGAUUUAGAAACCCAUGUGCUUUCUGCUUAAUUAUCUA